UCCCCCUCUUCCGGCGCUAAGAUGUCCAAGAGAGGACGCGGAGGUUCCUCCGGUGCGAAGUUCCGCAUCUCCCUCGGUCUCCCGGUGGGAGCUGUGAUUAACUGCGCGGACAACACAGGUGCCAAGAACCUCUACAUCAUCUCCGUGAAGGGCAUCAAGGGGCGGCUCAACAGGCUGCCAGCUGCCGGCGUGGGCGACAUGGUGAUGGCCACGGUCAAGAAGGGCAAACCAGAGCUGCGCAAGAAGGUGCAUCCAGCAGUGGUCAUCAGGCAGCGGAAGUCGUACCGGAGGAAGGAUGGAGUCUUCCUCUACUUUGAAGACAAUGCAGGAGUGAUAGUCAACAAUAAAGGAGAAAUGAAAGGCUCUGCCAUCACAGGCCCUGUGGCCAAGGAGUGUGCAGAUCUGUGGCCCAGGAUAGCCUCCAACGCAGGCAGCAUCGCCUGAGCACCAUCCUCUCCUCACAGCAAAUAAAAUCCUUCU